AUGCCCAGCAGAACAGUCCGCUAUGUCCGCUACAGCCCACAGCAGCGGCGGCGGCGGAUGCUGGCUCAGCGCAGCGUGCGCUUCGCUAAUGAUGUCCUCUUCCUGGACCACAUCCGCCAGGGCGACCUGGAGCAAGUAGGGCGCUUCAUCCGGGCUCGGAAAGUGGCGCUGGACACCAUCUACCCCUCAGGCCUGGCGGCCCUGCACGAAGCAGUCCUCUCGGGAAACCUGGACUGCGUCAAGCUGCUGGUCAAGUAUGGGGCGGACAUCCACCAGCGCGAUGAGACGGGCUGGACGCCCCUGCACAUCGCCUGCAGCGAUGGGUACCCCGACAUAGCCAGGUACCUCAUCUCCCUGGGGGCAGACCGGGGUGCGGCCAACGACGACGGCGACCUGCCCUCCGACCUCAUCGACCCGGACUUCAAGGACCUGGUGGAGCUGUUCAAAGGGACGCGGGUGGCCUGA